CAUUGUUGCGGUGUUCUGUUUUGCUUAAAUAACAACUAUUUUGUUCACUGUUCUUGUUUAUUUAUAAAAGCGUUAUACCGGUACAUCUAUAAAGUUAACUAAUUGAUUUAAGAAACUUCAUUUUUGUCAACAACUGUUUAAAUUUCUUAUUUAAUCAUCAUGUCUCGGUUUAAUUAUGGCAACAAUCCUCAAUACCCACCACCACAAAAUCCCAUUUAUCCACAAUUAUAUAAUCCAACCAAUGCUCCUGCUCCAGUUCCGGGACAUCCAGGAAAUCCAUACUAUGGAUAUCCAGCACCCGGUCAACCUUAUCCAAAUGAGCCUGGGUUUGCAUAUCCAUAUCAGCCUGCGCCAAUCCAACCCACUAGUGUGCCAGCAGCAAUGUCAUACCCUAACGUAAUGCCAACUGCACCACACUAUCCGGGACAACCAACUGUGACACCAACACAGCCUUAUGUUGGUGGAGGAUCCCCAGUAGAAUGGAUCCCAACCACACCAAGAGAUGCUGCCUCGUUGAGCAAUAAGGCAAUUAUUGCAGGAUAUGAGGGUUAUGACCGCAGCCCUCUCUGGGUGAUUAGAGCAAGAUAUGAAGGAGAUUUGAUCCCGGGCAAACUGGCCAUAAAACACCAUGCUGCAUAUGUUCCUUGGGGUGGAAAUGAAAAUGCUGUUCAGAAUAUUGAGGUAUGCUGUGCCCCGCCAGAGAGGGUUCGCUGGGUUGAGAGUCGUGACGGCGUUAUUCCGCCAAACGCUGUCGUUGGCGGAAACACUUCAUCUGGUGAACCAUUGUACGUUGGAAGAGCCAAAGAGCAGGGUUCAUUGACUCCUGGCAAGGUACAUCCAAGCCACAAGGGAAUGUACAUAUCAUUUGCGGGCAAGGAGAUCGCUCACAAAACAUAUGAAAUACUCUGUCAUGCUUAAAUAUUACAAUGCAUUUCAAAUAAGAUGUUAUUACAUCAAAGCUUUAAAUUCGAAAAAACUGGAUCUAUGAAACUGAUACCUUAAAAAAAACAUUUGAAAUCUGAAUCUCGUUUACACAUGUAUUUUUUUAAUCUGUACUUUAGUUUUUGACAGAUCGAGGUCAUUGACCCUUGAGACUGUGUCUUAUUUGAAACGCAUCUUAUUUUCAAAGUAUUAAGAAAGACUGUGUUUAUGUAUUUGCUACAAUGGCUUUCUUUUAUAUUCCAAUAUAAUCUCAAACUAUAUUAUUGUUGGUGUUUUUAGAGUUUAAGAAUAUAACUGUAUAUGCCAAUAGAGGUGUAACAUUUUAUAUGGCAUUAUGUAUAUUAUUCUGCAUUUGGGUAUUAAAAAUAAAUAAAAAAA